UCCAGAAACAGCAGCCAAAGAGGUUGUGGAAGUAGUAAAAUAUGCCCCAAAUGGUAGCGUGUGGGUGGUAGAAGGUGGAGAACCAGCUUACCAGUAUAUUUUUCCCGAGAGAGAAGAAAUGAAGAAGAAUGUUCUACCGAAAAAUAAUAGCAUUGCAUAGUUUGAAACCUCAUCUAUACAACUACAUGCCUUGAAAUCUCUAAAGUCUGAAACAGUCACAAAUAAGUUAUGUGGGUGUGUGAAAAAUUCAAGACAUUUCAGUUCAUGAUUUGGUGACGUCAUUUUAUUGGAACUAAUCGAAUUUAACACUUCAUAAAUUUAUGAAUUCAUCUGAGCGAUUUUUAAUGGAGAAAUUAUUGCAUAUAAUAUGGACAAUCUGAAACGUAUAAUUGAAAAUUUUUUUAGCACGUCUACGAUUUCUAUUUAUUUUUAUUAUCAUUGUCUCUAUGAAUCACUAUGAACUAUCAAUCAAAGUUGAAUAUGUAAACAUUUUUAUUUUGUUUCUUCUUUAGAAUCUAAUAGAAUUUGUUUCGAAGUUUUUAAAUGAAUAAAUAAUUUUUAUUUUUUUUUAUUGUUCGUCCACUUUUGAUUGUAUUUGAUGUUUAAGAAUAAAUUUACAUUUACAUUAACA